AUGCCUUCUACAAUAGAAAGCAUUUGUGCUCGUGACGAGCUUUUAGCUAAACAGUUUAAAGAAUUCAACGAAUUAUUAAACAGUUGUGUGAGAUCUAAUUCUAGCAUUGAUUUGACAGCCAUAGAAAAUGAUGUCCGUUCUCUAUAUAAGGCUACCCCUAAACGUUUAUUAUUAUAUAUUAAAUACCAAAGAUUGCUUUCAGUCAAACAUUUGUACAUGGUUUAUGUUUCAUCAACGGGUGGUAUUGAAAUAAAUGUUCAAAAGCAUAGUGAUUUGUUUGUGGAUUUAACAAAGAUUUUAGCUGGAUUGGCCCCAAAAAACAUAGAAUAUCGCUGUUUGCUUGAUAUGAGAGAAUAUUUAGCAAAAUUCUUUAACCAUCAAGGCCCGGUCAAAUUUAAUUAUUCAGAUGGCUCGGAAGGAAUUAUUUCUUACAAAGUGGAGCCUCAUUCUGGUAAUACUUUUGUCUUAUUAGAGUAUAAGACAGAUCAGUUUGAGAGUUCAUGGGCAUGGUUGUUUUUAAAACAUUUUUUUAUACGAAGUCCACACGAAGAAGCAAAGGCCUUCGUAGACUUUGUCAGAGAAGAAUACCAUAUUGAACCAUACCACUUUUGUCCAGCCGAAAUAAUUCCUCCUGAAGAAUCGUACGAAUCUGGUAUUUAUCGUCUUAUCCAAUUGGAAUGGAGUGGAUCCCUCCUUUCUAGUCACAUUUAUCAUCCAAUCAGUGUUUAUAUGCUUGUUGAAUUAUAUUCAGAUAGGAUUCCGGUUUCCACGAGACAAGUACUUCCAGCCCAGCGAGUUGUUAUCAAAAGUAAAUUGAGUUUCUGUGGAUUUUGUCAUACUACUUCGCAUAAUGCUUUUACUUGCAAAGUGGCUCCAAAUGUUAAAGUUAAAACAACCUCCCACAAUACUUCCAAAUUCAAAUAG